AUGCUAAUUAUUGAAUACGAUCUUGCUACAAAGAAGCGAACCUGGCACUCGACCAGACUCUCCGGUCCGUACCACCUAGACAGGCCCAACGUCGUCGUCAUGAAGUUCGCCGAGCAGCUGCGGGCCAGCAUAAUACCCGAGUACCAAUGGUACUACCUCGACUACCCGGGCCUCAAGGCCGAACUUAAGCAACCGAGCGGACCGGUCAGCAAGAACACGGGAGCCCGGGAAUGGUCAGAGGAUGACGAGACUCGCUUUGUGCGGAGGCUCGAGGCCGAGCUCGAGAAGAUUCACCAGAAGCAGCAGGUCAAGUCCAUCGAGAUCACCAGAAGGAUUGCUGUCUGCGAGAAGGAGGUCAUGGAUACCAUCAGGCGCCAAAACGAACGCGGCACCGGUCCUGGUCCUACCGAAGAGGAGUUUGACCUGCACGAGUCGGAUCUGAGCGAUAUCAUCGCAGACGUUCACGACCUUGCCAAGUUUGUCCAAGUCAACUACACUGGGUUUUAUAAGAUUAUCAAAAAGCAUGACAAAAUGACAGGUUGGCAUCUGAAGCCCGUCUGGGACAGUCGGUUGAAGGCGAAGCCGUUCUACAAGGAGAACUACGACGCUCAAGUUGUCAAGCUCUCGAAGCUCUAUGAUCUCGCUCGCACACGAGGCAAUCCUGUUCAGGGAGACAGUGCAGCUGGCGGCGGACAGGCCAGCUUCGUCCGAAACACCACAAAGUACUGGGUUCACCCGGACAACGUUACCGAGCUGAAGCUCAUUAUCCUCAAGCACCUACCAGUGCUCGUCUUCAACGCAAGCAAGGAAUUUGAGGUAGCUGACUCGGCCAUCACGUCGAUCUACUACGACAACCCGGAGACUUGGGAGCUUUACGAGGGGCGACUGAAAAAGACGGAGGGUGCCGAGGCCAUCCGCCUUCGUUGGUACGGCGGUAUGGACACGGAAACUAUAUUCGUUGAACGAAAGACGCAUCGCGAAGACUGGACGGGCGAGAAGUCGGUCAAGGCGCGCUUCCCCAUCAAGGAGAAGAACGUGAACGCGUACAUGAAGGGAGAUCUCCUACCUGCGGCCCUCUUUGAAAAGGCUCGCCGGGAGGGCAAGAAGCCACAAAAGGUGCUCGAUGAGCAGGAGCGUCUCGCGGCAGAGAUUCAGUAUUCGGUGCUGAAAAAGGGUUACAAGCCUGUCUGUCGGUCGUUUUACAAUCGCACAGCGUUCCAGUUGCCGGCAGAUGCACGAGUGCGCAUCUCGCUCGAUACUGAACUCUGCAUGGUACGCGAGGACGACUUGGAUGGCAGGAAACGUGCCGGUGACAACUGGCGCAGGAUGGACAUUGGGAUCGACCAUCCUUUCAGCCAGCUGCCGCCCGAGGACAUUGUUCGGUUCCCUUAUGCCGUGCUGGAGGUCAAGCUGCAGACCCAUGUAGGACAGCAACCGCCAGACUGGGUGCGCCAGCUCACAUCGAGCCACCUGGUAGAGUCGGUGCCCAAGUUUUCGAAAUUCAUCCACGGAUGUGCGAGCCUGUUUCAGGACAGAAUCAACUUGUUGCCCUUCUGGCUCCCGCAAAUGGAUGUCGACAUAAGAAAACCACGGACUCACAAUUUCGGCAUCCACCGACCGGCAGCCAACUCGGCAGUAACGGCCACCACCGACGACGAAGAGGACGAGAUAGAUUCGGACGACGAGGAGGCCGAAGAUGCGGGCAAGAACGGUGCAGCUGGCGCGCAUACUACCAACGGCAAUGGUGAAUCAUCCAGCCGGGGACUCCACCGUGGUCAGCGAGCACAAGAUGUCGAGGACCAGACUGUGGCGCAGCCGGUAGCCGAUGAAGAUUAUCCUGUCUACGAUUCGGACGUAGAGGAGGAUGAGGACGUUCGGCUGGAAGAGGCACGGAGAGUGGGUGGUUGGGACUACUACUCGACACUGUUUUCUAUAUAUUCGAGUAAAGCCGCGCACACGGGUUUGGCGGUGGCGAAGGCGCUCAUCCCGCGCCCCCGAGGGUCAGCCAUCCCGAGAAGCGAGCGAAACGAGGCUCUCUGGGGGAGCGAGGACACGAGUCUGAAGCGGUUCAAGGCUCCUAAGGGCAAGAAGAUUCAUGUGCCGGUCCGUGUCGAACCAAAGGUGUACUUUGCCGCCGAGCGCACCUUUCUGGGUUGGCUCGAAUAUUCGAUAUACGUGGGCAUGAUUGCUACAACUCUGCUGAACUUUGGCGACAAGCCCAACAGCGCUGCAUUUGUGGCAGCCGGUGCCUUCACGAUUGUUGCAAUUCUUUGCUUGAUAUACUCGGUGGCUAUCUACCUGUACAGAAGCCGGGCGAUUCGCACGCGCCGAGCGUCGGCCAAGUACUACGACAAGCUGGGGCCUUCAGCUCUAUGUGUGACAUUGUUCAUUGCGGUUCUUCUGAACUUUGGGUAUGAGGGGCACAAGAGAAGUUUUUGGUAG